AUUAUAUUUUCACUAAACGGACGGAGCGUUUGCUCCGACGGAUCUUCCCUCUCUUCAUCUUCGUUCACCGCCGCCGCGUUAGGGUUUUUCCACCCUGCAAAUCCUCCGCCUGCAACAACCUUUGGAAGCUCCCGAUUCGCGGUCGCGACUAUGAGAGUCGGAGCCAUCGCUUCCUCCGUCGCCGCCCUCCGUUCCCCGAUUAGCCGCCGCCCCUUCCUCCUCCCCUCCUCCGACCACUCUCACCUCGCCGGCUCGCUGCACCUCCCCCGCGCGCGUUGCCGAACCGGUCGGAGGACGACGAUGUCCGAGCAGUUCUUCUCCUCGUCGUCGCCGCCGCCGCCGUCACCUUCUUCUUCUUCAGCGCCGUUUGCUUCGUUGGCCAGGCCCGUCGACGGCGAUGCCGAAGCGGAGAAGCCGCCGCAAAAGCAGCGCCCGUGGCUCAUCGUCGGGCUCGGGAACCCCGGCAAGAAUUACAGCGGGACUCGCCACAACGUGGGUUUUGAGUUUGUAGAGGCGAUAGCCGAAGCCGAAGGGAUAUCCAUGAGCAGCGUUUCUUUCAAGGCCCUCUUCGGAAAAGGUUUCAUAGGAAAUGUCCCAGUCAUGCUGGCCAAGCCACAAACUUUCAUGAAUGCCAGUGGCGAGUCUGUAGGGCCUAUCGUUUCAUAUUAUAAGAUCCCAUUGAAGCAAGUACUGGUGGUUUUUGAUGACUUAGACUUGCCCUUUGCAAAGCUGCGCUUGUUGCCAAAGGGUGGACAUGGUGGACAUAACGGGAUGAAAAGUGUGAUUAAUCAUCUAAAAGGGAGUCGUGAUUUUCCUCGAUUAAGAAUAGGCAUUGGGCGGCCCCCUGGUAAAAUGGACCCGGCAAGCUUUGUUAUGCGACCAUUCAAUAAACAGGAGCGUGAGGAGUUGGAUUUUACAUUGCAACAAGGUCUAACGGCUAUACGGAUCCUUCUGCUGGAAGGAUUUAAUAAGAGUGCAACAUUUGUCAACAGCAACAAAUCAAUGGAACAACUCAGUUGAAAAAAGACAUUGAAUUCUUUUUCCAGACAGAAGAGACUGCUGUAGCCACCAUCAGAGAGACUUCGCUCUGUAACGCGAUUUACUUGGGCAGCCAGAAGAGGUUUUCUCAGGCAAAAGCUGGUUCAGAUGAUUCGAUGCAACAAAGAACAUCUUCAUUUUUUUAGUUGCUUUAUUGAUUAUUUGGGUCUUGGUUCAUAAUUAAAUCAAAACGUACUUUGAUUCUUCUUCUUUUAAAA